AUUUGUACUCGACGACCUCAAAAGUCAAUUGAGUGGGAACUUCCGACCAAUUGCCAUCUCUUUUCCAAAAUGCCUUAAUAUCUACAAGACGACCUACUGCUAUACUUCACUCGCUUCACCAAGACUUUCCCCAAAAUAAUCCAUUUUGCAGUGUUACGUAGCAAUGGCAGCAGCUCUCUUGGGAGGAGCUGCUUUGGGUCCAGUCUUCGAACUACUCCUCAAAUCAGUUAUUGAUGUUGGUAUACACAUCGCCACUUUCCGUUCCAAAUUCCUCAGCUUGAAAGAGACAUUAAUCUACAUCAAACCAGUAUUCGAUGACAUUAAGAGGCUAAGCAAGGUCCUAGACGGCCGAGAUGAAGAAAUAGACAUGUUUAAGACGCAGUUGAUGAAAGGUGAAGAGCUAGUCCUCAAGUGUUCCAAGAUUAAACGCUACGACCCUUUGAAGAAGUGGAGUUACUCCAGGAAACUGACGAAGUUGGAUAAUUCACUAGUGAAGUUCUGCCAGAUACACGGUUUAAUUCAGGUGGUUAGGGAUACUAAACAGAUUCUGGUUAAGGUUAACGAAAAUGGCAAGAUAUUGGAGGAGAUUCACUCGAUGGUGAGGAAUGUUUCAUUGACGAGAUCCGGGAGUAGUAUUGGAUUUACAAAUUCUAGUGGUUCUUCUGGAUGGAUGAAUGGUUCUAGUUUUGGGUUUUCAGGAUUGUCUGAUGUGCCUCAAGUUUCUGAUUCUAUGGUUGGAUUUGAAGUCCCACUUCAUGAAUUGAAACAGAAAUUGAAGCUGCUUCAGGAGAAAGAUAAAGUGCUGGUUCUUUCUGCUCCUCCUGGCUGUGGAAAAACUACUUUGGCAGCAAAGCUUUGUCAAGAGGAUGAUAUCAAAGCCAUAUACAGCGACAACAUCUUUUUUGUCACUGUUACCAAAACACCAAACAUCAAACGCAUUGUUGGGGAAAUUUUUGAGAAGAAAUGCUACAGGGUCCCAGAGUUCGCUACUGAGCAUGAUGCAAUCUGCCAACUCAAUAACUUCCUUGGGAGAAUUACUUCUCAACCAAUAUUACUGGUGCUGGAUGAUGUUUGGUCUGAAUCAGAGUUCGUCAUCGAUCAUCUUAAAUUACAGAUACCUGAUUUUAAGAUUUUGGUCACUUCGAGAUCUGUGUUCCCAAAAUUUGAUACAUAUAAAUUAAAUCUUUUGAGCGAGGAGGAUGCAAAGGAUCUCUGCUGCAUUUCAGCUUUUAAAGAUAGCAGCCCUGAUGCCUUGGAUGAAAAAGCUCUUUACAGCAGAGAAACAAUUACAUUAAGAGACUGCUACCUUGAUUUAGGAUCAUUUCCUGAAGAUCAUAGAAUUCAUCCUGCUACUCUUUUGGAUAUGUGGGUGGAACGAUACAAUAUAGAUGAAGAUGGCAUCACUGCAAUGGCCAUCUUCCUUGAACUUUCUUCACAAAACUUGGUUAAUCUCGCCCUUGCAAGACAGGAUGCACGAGCAGUUCUUGGCUUACAUAACUUGCAUUACAUACAGCAGCAUGAUAUGCUGAGAGAACUGGUCAUCCACCAGUGUGAUGAGAAGCCGGUAGAAGAGAGAAUGAGAAUAUAUAUCAACAUCAAGGGGAAUGACUUUCCUGGGUGGUGGUUUGAACAAAGACUUCAACCACUUCAAGCGGAGGUUUUGUCUAUUGUCACAGAUGAAGAUUUCUCCUCUAACUGGGAUGAUGUGCGAUUUCCUAAAGUUGAAGUACUUGUGUUGAACUUUGAAACAAGGACCUACAACUUACCCCUUUUUAUGGAGCAGAUGAGCCAAUUGAAGACACUGAUUGUGACAAACAAUGGUUUCUUCCCAGCCAAUUUGAAUAACUUUCAGCUUUGUUCUCUGCUGAAUCUUAAGAGAAUCAACCUGGAACGCAUCUCUGUUACAUCCAUUUUCACAGCCAAUCUGCAGCUACCAAAUUUGCGCAAAAUCUCCCUGAACAUUUGUGAAAUUGGGGAGGCAUUUGAGAACUCUGCUGCCAAGAUGCCUUACAUGUGGCCAAAACUCGUUGAGAUGAAUAUCGAGUACUGCAGCGAUUUAACAAAAGUACCAGCUGAAAUAUGUGAUCUUGUUGAUCUUAAAAGGCUCAGCAUCUGUUAUUGUCACGAACUGGUUGCCCUUCCGGAAGAGCUUGGGAGAUUGACAAAUUUGGAAAUACUAAGGCUUCAUUCUUGCACAAAUGUGGCUGAGUUGCCUAAGUCUAUAGCAAAACUUAAUAAAUUAAAAUUGCUUGAUGUAUAUGAUUGUGUGGCUAUGGAUAACUUGCCAUUGGAAGUGGAUCAACUCUGUUCUUUACAGACUCUUUGCAUGGGAAGUUCCCUGGGUAUUGAUAAGCUGCCCGAUUCUCCGCAAAAACUAGUAAAGUUGGAAGAUGUUGUAUGUGAUGAAGAAACAGCCUAUUUAUGGGAAUACGUUAAGGAACAUCUGAAGAAUCUGAGAAUCACUGUGAUGGAGGAACAUAUCAAUUUGAAUUUGCUGCAUAGAUCAUAAUUUAUCUGAGAUGCUGCUGGAGCACUCACUAUGGUGGAACUUGAAUAUGGGUGGAUAAGGCAAAGCAAACACUGGAAUAACUUGCAAUUGGGUGGAUAGUGCAAAGUAAACACUGGAAUAACUUGAUCAACAGUGACAAGUGAUGGGUGUUUCUUGAGGCGACUUCCGGACUAGAACAAAACGAGCUGAAAGUAGCCAAAGGUGAGGGUUAUAAUAAUUCCAUCCAACAUUGUUUCCAGUGUAUUUGGAAAGAUGCAGCUCAAGAUUGGUUAUUAGAAGCCGUCACUAGAGCUGGAAUGCGGAAAAGCUAGUAGCACAAACAGACUGAUGUAAGUUUAAACUUUACACUUUGUUUGGAUGGUUGUUAUCCAUUAUAUUGUAUUGUAUUUUUAUUUUAAAUAUAAUGUUUGUUUUGAUUGUUACUGUAAAAUAAUUAUAUUGUGUUGUUUAAUCCAUUGUUAGGCAAUAAUGAAAAUAUCGAUUAGUGUGAUUGCG